AAACAAAAACAACAGGCAGAUUUGCUCCACACUCUUUGCUGGCCUCUCCUCUCAACCUUCUCUCUCUUACAUACUUUUCUUCAUAGUGCUAAAUUUUCUAUUCAUCUCACAUUCUCACUCUCCUCAAUUCUUUUUCUUUUCUCUUCUCUCUUCUUCAACUUCAUUCAAAACUUUCACCUUUCUCUCUCUUCACAAACGGUGCCGGAAAAGUCCAUUCUUUUUCUCAAUUCCCCGGCAAAACAAAUGCGACCCACUUUCUAGAACCUCGCCGUGUGCCGGAAAGUUCACUCCUUUCUCACUUUUCCGCAGCAAUGUCAAUCUUCGACGGAGCUUUCAUGAACACGCAACUCUCCAAGCACACUUCGAUCUUCGGCCUCCGUCUCUGGGUCGUGAUCGGAAUUCUCAUCGGAGUCUUCAUCGUCUUCACGCUCUUCCUCCUCUCCCUCUGCCUUGUCUCUCGCCGGAACCGCCGCCGCUCCGGCGCAGGCACCGGCUACAAGGUCGCCGGAGGCGCCGACGCGGCGAAGGACAUCCACACGAUCGUGCACCUUCCCGGGCCCCACAUGCUCCGGCCUCCGGCGCCGGAGAUCCACGUGGAGAUGGGGAAGAAGACGGAGCACCGGGUGGUGGUGCAGUGCGAUAGGGUUUCAAGUGAGGAGAGUAAGGUCACGGUGGGGAGUGGGUGUGAAACGACGUCGUCUUUUGGAAGUGGGAGUGUUGGUGGGCCUGGGCCUGGGCUUGGGCCUGAGGUUUCACAUCUUGGGUGGGGGAGGUGGUACACUCUGAGGGAGCUUGAGGAUGCCACUGGAGGGUUGAGUCCUGAAAAUGUGGUUGGUGAAGGUGGCUAUGGCAUUGUCUAUCAUGGGGUACUCAAUGAUGGUACCAAAAUUGCUGUCAAGAACCUCUUGAAUAACAAGGGACAAGCUGAGAAAGAAUUUAAAGUAGAGGUAGAAGCAAUUGGUCGAGUGCGACACAAAAAUCUUGUUAGGUUGCUUGGAUACUGUGUCGAGGGAGCCUACAGGAUGCUUGUGUAUGAGUAUGUAGACAAUGGCAAUCUAGAACAAUGGCUGCAUGGGGAUGUUGGAGCUGUAAGCCCUUUGACAUGGAACAUACGGAUGAACAUUAUAUUGGGAACAGCAAGAGGAUUGGCCUAUCUUCAUGAGGGUCUUGAACCAAAAGUUGUCCACCGAGAUGUGAAAUCAAGUAACAUACUCAUUGAUCGCCAAUGGAACUCCAAGGUUUCUGAUUUUGGGCUUGCUAAGCUUUUAUGUUCUGAGAAUAGUUAUGUCACAACUCGAGUGAUGGGAACAUUUGGUUAUGUUGCACCAGAAUAUGCAUGCACCGGAAUGCUAACUGAGAAGAGUGAUAUUUAUAGCUUUGGGAUACUUAUCAUGGAGAUAAUUACCGGAAGAAGCCCUGUUGAUUAUAGUAGACCACAAGGAGAGGUUAAUUUAAUAGAAUGGUUGAAGACUAUGGUUGGGAAUCGAAAAUCUGAGGAAGUAGUUGAUCCUAAGCUCCCUGAGAUGCCAUCUUCAAAGGCUCUUAAACGCGCUUUGUUGAUUGCUCUUCGGUGUGUUGAUCCUGAUGCAACCAAGAGGCCUAAAAUGGGACAUGUGAUCCACAUGCUUGAAGCAGAUGACCUGUUAUUCCAUACUGAACAAAGAACUGAGGGAGAGUCUUCCCGUUCCUAUCAAAGUGAGCAAAGGGACUCAAAUUUAGAUAAGAGAAGAGAUGGAGGUGCCAUUGAUAAAAGUGAAGAUGCUAGUACUAGAUGGAGAUGAUAACAAGCUGAUAAUUUAAUGGAACUACGUGCUUAUUUUUUGGUCUCUAUUAGUUUGCCAAUUCUUGUGUGUAGGUUAAUUUAAAAAAAUGAUAGUAUCUUUUUUUCUCUCUUUAUUAUAUAGUUUUCCAUUGUUGUUAUCAGCCCCAGCUUGGGAUUCAUAUUCAAGUGUAUACUCUGAUUCGUUAUUAUAAAAAUAAAAAUAUUUAUGACUAUCUGUUCA